GCAGCGUUUGCUCUUUAACACGAGCGUAAACAGACCGUAACCUGUGUUAGCUUCGAGCUCGGUGUGAAAGCACGUUGCCAGAGCUACUUCGGGUUUUCUCUUAUAAUUUAGGGACCAAUGAGCUAACACUGCUCGCGAGGUGCGGAGCUAACAUUAGCUGUGCUCAGCUAAGAGAGCUAACGCUAGCAAGCUCUACAUAGAUGUUUAUUUACAUUCUUUUACCUGCGUUUGUGCGCAUGACUAAACUUGUAGCUGGGUAUAAAACGAGUGGCUCGUGUUAGUGUGUUUGGGAUGUAGAGUUAUCAGCAGCAGCUGUUAUACAUCAGUUACCCUUGCUGCAAAAGGACCAGGGUUUGGUGUGACGUUUGUUGCCCAUGGCGCAGUAUAGUCUGCUACCAUGGUGAACCAGGUUCCGCGAGGGGACGGUAGUUGGCAGUCAUGUAAGAGCGACUCCAGCGGGGCCAGCAACAGCGGCGGGGAGAGCUCCAAGGAGAGCUCACGAUGUUCUACGCCGGUGCUGGACGCAGACCGAUCAGACAGGCUGCGGGACAAGAUGCGCAGGAGGACGGAGUCCGGAGACCGCUGGUUCUCGAUGGAAUUCUUUCCUCCCCGCACAGCCAGUGGAGCUGUCAACCUCAUCUCAAGAUUUGACCGUAUGGGCAGCGGAGGGCCACUGUUCAUCGACAUUACCUGGCACCCAGCAGGGGACCCGGGCUCCGACAAAGAAACCUCAUCUAUGAUGAUUGCCAGCACAGCUGUUAACUAUUGUGGCCUGGAAAGCAUCCUCCACCUGACCUGCUGCAACCAGACCAAUGUGAAGAUUACUGGCCACCUGACCAAAGCAAAGCACCUGGGCCUCAAGAACAUCAUGGCACUAAGGGGAGACCCAGUGGGAACAGACUGGGAGGAAGAGGAGGGAGGCUUCAACUACGCCAUCGACCUUGUUAAACAUAUCCGAUCAGAGUUUGAUGAUUACUUUGACGUCUGUGUUGCCGGUUACCCUACAGGCCACCCUGAGGCAGAGAGCUAUGAGGAGGAUCUCAGACGCCUAAAGGAGAAGGUGGAUGCUGGAGCAGACUUUGUCAUCACCCAACUGUUCUUCAGGGCGGACACGUUCCUCAAGUUCCUGGAUGACUGCAGGGCAAUUGGUAUCACAUGUCCCAUCCUACCUGGAAUCUUCCCCAUUCAGGGUUACCAGUCUCUGCGUCAGCUUGUUAAGCUGUCGAAGCUGGAGGUACCAGAGGAGAUUACCAGUGUCAUCGAGCCCAUCAAAGACAAUGAUGCUGCUAUCCGUAACUAUGGAAUCCAACAGGCGGUGGAGAUGUGCCGUGUGCUAUUGGACAGUGGCAUGGUACCAGGCCUCCACUUCUACACACUGAAUCGAGAGGUUGCCACCAUGGAGGUGCUCAGACAGCUGGGCCUGUGGAUAGAGGACCCCAGGCGUCCUCUUCCCUGGGCUGUGAGUGCCCAUCCCAAACGGAAAGUAGAAGAUGUUCGACCCAUCUUCUGGGCAUCCCGGCCCAAGAGCUACAUCUACAGAACCCAGGACUGGGACGACUUCCCCAACGGCAGAUGGGGACACUCCUCAUCUCCAGCUUUUGGAGAGUUAAACGACUACUACCUGUUCUACUUGAAGAGCAAGUCAUCCAAAGAUGCACUGCUGCAGAUGUGGGGUGAGGAGCUGAUGAAUGAAGAUAGCGUCUAUCAGGUCUUCACCUGCUACAUCACAGGCAAACCAAACCACAAAGGACACAAGGUGAUUUGUUUGCCAUGGAAUGAUGAGCCUCUGGCCCCAGAGACCAACCUGCUGAAGGAUGAAUUGGAGAAGGUGAACAGACGAGGGGUCCUCACCAUCAACUCACAGCCCAACAUCAAUGGCAAACCCUCCACAGACCCUGUAGUGGGCUGGGGACCUGCAGGAGGCUAUGUCUUCCAGAAGGCCUAUCUGGAGUUCUUCACCUCCAGUGAAAAUGUCAACGCUCUCCUCAAAGUACUGAAGAAGUAUGAACCUCGGGUCAACUACCACAUUGUUAAUGUGCAUGGCCGUAACCUGACCAAUGCCCCUGACAUGCAGCCAAACGCUGUGACAUGGGGGAUCUUUCCUGGCAGGGAGAUUGUUCAGCCUACUGUAGUGGACCCAGACAGCUUUAUGUACUGGAAGGAUGAGGCCUUUGCCUUGUGGAUUGAACAGUGGGCCAAGCUCUAUGAAGACGAGUCUCCUUCACGGAUGAUCAUCAAGUACAUCCAUGACAACUACUUCCUGGUCAAUCUGGUGGACAAUGACUUUCCUCUGGAGAACUGUCUGUGGCAAGUCAUCAAUGAUAUGUUUGAGCUGCUCGACGCCCCUUUAGAGCCACUCAAUGAUGGAACAGUCUCAGAAUAAAAUCCAUCUUUUUUAUGGACAGAAAGAACACUAUGGAACUGAUAUUUGAUCUUUUAUGCAUUGUCAAAAAAAUUGCUACUUACACUACAGAGCAUAUCAUACAGUAAAAAUGUAUGUCAGUGUUUUUAAGAGUUUUUAUUAGUGUUUUUAAGCAUACUGUCACAGCUGAGCGAAAUACAAAAGAAUGAAUAUUUUUUAUCUCCAUGAUGAGUAGCCUUGUCCUCUGCAGCAUUCCUAGCUGAUUAACAACACUUGUGCUCAUACAGUUUGGGCUUAACACUGUCACCUUUUAAUUUAAGAGACUCCUUAAGGACAGAUCUAACUGAAAAACAAGAAAAAAAAACCUCAAACAAUGGUUUGUUAACUUGUAACAUAUUUUUUAAAGUGCUUGUCAGUAAAUGUUAUUUUCAUGGAAGACAAUCAUUCAAAUUAGACUUUGAAAUGAUUACAAAUGACAUGUACUGUAUAGAGAUGAAAUCAAGAUAGAGAUAUGAGAUGUUGUGUAUGAGUGGAACUCUUAUUUGAUGCCAUGAUGAUGCCCUGUCAGCAGUUCUCACCCUUUGCUGUGUUAAGGACCAGUCAAUUGAUCCACAUUGGUCUUGGUAAGAUUCCCCUCAUGGACCUCCAUCUGAAAAGAUUUUGGUUGUUAGAUAUGAUUAAGACCAAAAUUCUAAAGUUAUCAACUACAGUUGAGUGGAGGAAUUGAAACCUGUUAUCAGUAUAGUCAACCAUCUCACUGUCUCUCACAUUGGGCUCUCUUCUGUAGUGAAUUAAAUGGUGAAAAUAAACUAUUCCCCAUUUUUCUGGGGGCCCUCUGGAUCUCCCUGUAGGACCCCUGAGAGUCCCUAAACCCCUGGUUGAGUACCACUGAGUUGAACCAUCAGAUGUGUGAGCUGCUAUUGACCAUAUUGUACCACUGACAACAGUAGCACUAUCUACCUGCCACCUUAACAUGUUUUAAAUGUACAUCCUAUUUAUUUGCUCUGCCGCCUUUUAAAAAAAAUAGUUUUUCAGUACUGUACAACCCACUGAGUGACUUACUAAGUUGUGUCACUACAUAACUACAAGUACAAAGGCCAGGCCAGAGGACAGGACACUGCAGCAGCAAGAUGACAUGGCAGGGAUUUCUUCUCAUUGAGUAACUCAACACACACACACUGGAAGCCUUCCCUUGUCCCUGUUGACCAGAUCACCUACAUCAGACAGACCGCAGUCACCCUUGCCACAGAGACCUACAUCCCAGAUGAAAGGGUGCCAAAUGCAAGUUGUUGUGCAGGAAGGUACAACAUCACAAUAUUAACCUAAUCAAAAUAUUCAAAAUUUUGAGUUGAUUCAAUAAAUUGAAUGUAGUUAAUUUAAUGAAAGCCCCAUUCAGUUUUCUUCUCUGUGUUUGGCCACCUGAGCCCGCAGUGUUCAUUUUGAUAGCCAUUUUAGAUUUAGUCCUCCUCUUAGGAUAAAAAGGGUUAGGGUUAGUCAACUUUUAGUCAUUUUUAUCCCUCAUAGUUUUAGUCGACGAAAAUUUUUAGUCGUUUUAGUCUUGCAUUUCUCUGACAGUUUUUGCCAGGUUUAAGGGGUGAUUUCCAGGCACACAUUUACUGAUUAUCAUUUGAAAAGUUUAACAUCUCUCGAUUUAUGCUCUCAAAAACUCUGGGACAACUAGGAUUUAUACCCAGGUUCAUUGUAAACUCUGAGUUAUCCACCUCACUGUAGGUUGAAACUUGUGUCUUGUCACAGAGUCGGUGAUUAAAACUAAACUUUCAUCUCUGUCAGAGAAAAUUGAUCUGAGUCCAGACUGUUUACUUACAGCACAGUUACACCCACAGAUAACUGAGCCUCCGACGUGCCUGUCAAACAGCAUUAACCAUUAAGCCUUCAAAGCUGAUCCCCGCAGGACUCCACUCAACUUUGAAGUCCAGCGCCUGCUGGCUGCUUGCCCUUGUCUUGUUAUUGUAACGCCCUGAAAAGGGGAGAAAUCAAUAAAGGUGCUUGGACAUGA